GUUCAAUCGCUAUCUGAAAGUAUUGAAAGCGCGUUACGUGAAUUCGCAGUUCGAACGCAGGAUGCAAAUGAUCCAAUUGAUGUAUCAACACUAAUUAAAACUCACAUAUCAUGUUUCAAUCUUAUAAACAACAUAAUGCAAAUUUUACGAGACAAAAUGACAAGUAGUAUGUCACAAGAUUGUUUAUUCUUGACGGGAUUAGAUCAUCAAUCCAGUGUGUUUUCCAAUGUUAAGUCAUGUAUCCUUAAGAUGAGUCACAGUGCUUUCAAGAUGCCAGUGUUAACAAAUAAGUCACCUCAGAACAAAGAAUUAUUGCAAUUAAGCUCUAUAUUGCAUAAAAAAGCUUUCGAAAUCCUUGAAGAUUUCUUGAAAUUUGUUACUGAAUUUUUACCAUCGUCAGACAAACCCAAUAUAGGAUGCUGUGAGAUGCUCGCAACGAAUAUUUCUGAUGCCGAAACGAGCGUGUCAGAUUAUCCCACUCUCAAUUUGUCUUGGAAAUACAUCAUAAAAUUGUCAAUUGCGUAUAAAGAUGACAUUAUGAAAAGAAGAUUGAAGCUGGAUUCUAUUAUUUACAAUCUCAGUUGUGGUGCAUCUUAUAAUUUUUCAAAGUUGAUAAUGUCGACUAAUUCUGAUGAAACUUUUCAGCAAAAUCUUCCGGAUGUCAAGCAGAUUGACAAAAUGUCGACAAUUGUGCGAUUUUAUGUUACCCAUUUAUUGAGCAUUGUGAAAUGCUAUGUUGAA